AGCACAGUGAAGCUGGGGGAUGAAUGCUAACUUUUUUCCACUUGAUAAAAGUUAAUGUGAGGAUUCCCGAUGGUUACGGACAAAUGCGAUCGCAUUUGUAAAUGGACGCAGUUCAUGACGUACGCAGUUCAUACGUCAUCGCUUAAUCGAAUUCCCGCGGAGAUGUGAAACGACUUCCUCUUGUCGUUUUAUUUUGACACGGCAGAGCGGAAGUGGAGGGGUGGUGACAGCGGAGAGCUUGUUGGUGGGACUCAGCUGAGAGUCAGAGAGAGCGAGUCAGAGCUCAGAGACGGUGAGAGGAGAAAAGCGGAGUUUAACUGGCAAACGGGCGGGUUGAUCCGCGGGACUGAAGCCGUUUUAAUUCCCUUUUCUCGGCUCCUGUUGCGGAUGUGCCCGUCCUGAGGACAGCUGGAGCUGGACCACACCUGGUCUGCAAACAGGAUGGUUCAGACUCGCAGGUCAGGAGCGCUGAAGACUGUUUGCCUCCCUCUUCAGGCCCAUUUUGGAACUGCAGCUUCACCGUCAGCUAACAGCUAACCGAGCAGUGAGACGCCCAGUUAGUGAAGCAGUGCUGUGGUUUGUGUUCUGACUGUUGGAUGGCCACAGGAGUGAACUACUGGAACUCUUAUGAACCCAGUUGCAAGGUGAGAGAGUGUGUGUGGGGAGGUGAACAGGAGUCGAGUAGUGAGGAAGGAGGAGGUGGAGAGGGCAUAUGGGACACACAAGCCAUGGAGGUCAAAGGUCAACUCAUCUCAGCACCUGACCCUCUCACCUGCCCAGACAGGAAGCAGAGAGAGCGAAUGGUGGAGCUACAGGAGAGGAGGCGGAGUCUCCAGGCGCUGCUUAGCAGCCGAUUGGCUGAGCUGAGACGGAUCUGUCUGCAGGAAGCUGAGCUGACGGGUGCAGUGCCCAGUGAUUUCCCCCUGGAGGCAGGGGAGAAGCCCCCCUGUGUUCGUAGGAGAGGUGGGACGUCCCGCCAGGGAAACAGGAAGUGUCGAGUAGAGGAGGAAGACGCUCAGCGUUCGAAGCCGAAGAAAAAUUUAUUCAGCGGAGCUCUGAGGAAACACAGCGACUCUGAGCACAACGCACACACGCAGACACACACAAACGAUGGGAACUAUCGCCAGUUCAUCACAAGGCUCUCCAACUGGUUCACCAACCUCCAAAACUGGUCCUCAGAUUUCUGCAACGAGUUCAAGAGGUUUAAAAAAAUGUUGCUAAAAAUCCCAAGUUAA